GAUCUGAAAACAGAAUUAACAGCUGUUUUUUGAUCGGUUUCAUCACAGAUCCGGUGCCGGUUGGAUUCCAGACGUUUUUCCGGUCAUAUUCAUGGCUAACUCACCGGAAUCAUCGCACAAUAUACCGUUAGAUUUCCGUGCACCACCACCAUCUCCGGUUGCUUCCGGCCGUAGAUCCUCCGUCGCGAAUGAUGAGAUCCUCACUGAGUUUCUCCACCGCUCACUCCGUGUCCCUGAUCUUGUGUUGCCAGAUCGGGUGUUUCCUCGUCAAAAUUCGAAGAUCCAAAACCUUCCGAAGCUCGAUUUCGAAGUGCUGAAAUUUUCUGGUUUAUCAGAAGGUCAAAAUUUUGCUGAAAUUAUUGAAGUGAUUGCACAAACAGGUUGUUUUGAGCUCGUCAACCAUGGAAUCUCCGACCAACUUUUAUCUUCUGUUUCCAAUUCUGGAGCCGGAGUAUUCCAAUUGCCGCCGGAGAAGAAAUCCGUUGUAUUAAGGUCUGCCGAGAGGUUAUACGGUUUUGUUGAGUUCCAUGGAGACGAGAAGGAACCGAGUGAAGAAUUCGUUUGGUGUAGAGACGAUUCACUGAAAUCGGAGAUGGAGGAGGUUUGGCCUAUUCAAUAUUCAAAUUUCAGUGAAAAAAUGGAAAACCUCAUGUCUCAGAUCGAAAACAUAUCCGAAACCCUACUGAAACUGUUCCUUGAUGCUGCUACUCCAAAAUCCAGAUUCGAUGAUGAUGAAACAAGAGAGAAAGAAAUCGCCGGAUCUAUAUGUUAUCUCUACAAACAUUGCCAGAAUACCGAUUCCAAAUCAAACGAUGAUCAGUAUAUGAACUCGUUAAGAUAUGAUGUGAUUCGAAUGCUGAUUAGAGGAUCUGAACACCCUCACACACUCUGCUUUCAUGUUUGCAAUGGAUCUUCAGAGUUUCAUGUUUAUUCCAAGAAAGGAUGGGUUUCGUUUUCUCCUGAUAACAAUGCUUUGGUCAUCACCAUUGGCGAUCUAUUGCAGACAUGGAGUGAAGGAAAAUACAAGCAUGUGAUAGGGAGACCAAUCUUCAAAGGGGAAUUUGAAGAUUGUAUAUCAAUGGCUUUUCUCUAUACACCUCCCAAUCCCAUACCCAAAUCCCAACUAGAAAACACCAUUUCACUUGGUAAGCAACUUUUGUUCCUUUUGAUUUUAACCCUUCUUUGCAAUCUUUUCUUUUACAUUUUUACGUAACGAUUCUUUUCCCUUCGUUCUUCGAGAUUUGAGGGAAUUCUUUGAUCGAUCUCUUUUGUCUUGCAUUACAGAAAAGCGAGUGAGUUGUUUGGUUAUGCAUUUUUUUUCCCAAUAUAUGGAACAUGUUUUGUUUGAA